UUUAUUUUGACAUUGACAUUAGCUCUCGACGUUGUUGCUUGUUGUUUGUUAAGAUAAAUUUCACAAUUUCAAGAUAAUUAAAUAAAUACAGUGUUCUAAGUUUGUUUGCAUCCAACUGAAUUAAUACUUACCACAAGAUAAUAAAUCAACUGCUAAAAUAUGGGUUGCCAAGUUUAUUUUGAGAACCAUCUGGUCUCUCAACUCGAUUGCACCAAUGUGUCGUCAUUGAAACAGAAGAUUUCUCAAGAAUAUGCUGUCCCUUGUGAAGAUUUAUAUGCUACAUUCCAAGGGAAGUUAAUUGCUGACGAUUACGAGUUGAAUGACUGCGAAAAUGUGGUCAGAGUGUUCACGAGAUUGGUUGGAGGGAAGGGUGGUUUCGGAUCGAUGCUGCGCGCUAUUGGGGCUCAGAUCGAGAAGACGACUAACCGUGAAGCUUGCAGAGACUUAUCUGGGCGACGUCUUCGCGAUAUUAACGAGGAAAAGCGUCUUAGGAAGUGGUUAGAAGGCCAAGAAGAUCGUGAAAGGGAAGCUUUGGAGCGAAAGCAAAGAAAGAUUGAGAAAUUGAUAGCUGAACCGAAGAUCGAUGUUAAUUUGAGUCCUGUAUACGAGAAAGAGCGACAGGAAUUGCCUGAGAGGGUCAGUGCUGCAGUGGACGCUGGCUGGCAAGCGGCAGGCACUAGUGAUGGAGGUUUAAAACGUAAACUGGCCGAAGAAAAACCAAAAGGCAAGAAGAAGGCAAAGCUAUGGAUAGAUGCUGAACUCUCAGACUGUUCUUCGUUGAGUGAGGAUGAGGAAGAAGAUGAAGCUAGGUCAAAAGACAGACAGAUGGUGUCCACAGACAGCGGAAAUGAGUCUGACCACACGUCUGAUUGUAGUAAAUUGUGAUAAAUGAAACAAGUACAACAUUUAUAUGAUUUCUUGUAAAUUAUGAAUGAAUAAUCAUAGAACACCAUUAGGUCAUUAUACUAAUAAAUAGUCUACUUAUAAAACCCUCAAUAAAUUGGUCCACUUUCAGUUGGGACUAUCAAUGAUAUAAACAUACAUAGUUAAUAUCAAUAGCAGGAAGAGUUCAGUAAAACAGAAGAAACAUUACUUAUACAUUAUUUUUCUAUGCAAGAAAUAUGUAUUAUCAUAUAGGAAGCAUAGAUCUAUAAAAAUAUUAAGCUUAU